CCCGCGGGCAUGCCCCGAGCCCGGGGCUCGCCGUGACCCCGUUCGCUGUUCGCAGGCUCCGCGCGGAUUGACAGCGCGAUGCGCCGGGGGGAAUCCAGCCCGCGUCCUCGGUCUUAGCGCUCGUAACUCGGGGUGGGAGAAUUGUGACACGCAGCGGUGACAUCUGUGCCAAAGGUGACUCUGCGGGGACGCUCGGCGCUGGCGGCGCUCGGGUCGGGUUCGUCUGUGAGCUGCCGGCGCUCCGGGGCGGCCGUGGUGAAAUCCCGAAGUUGGCAGCACAAUAAAGCAGGCCCCGAAGACCGAGCUCCAUCUCCAGGAACUGAAAGUGCCGAGCAGAAUUUCCGUGUGGCUCCAGAGACUGACUUCUACGGCGGUCUGUUAUUUAAAGAAAAAAGUGGCCAUGGAUGGGCGGUCUUCAGCGUCCUGCUGUUGGAGGCCGAAGAAUUAACUGGAGUGCAAAACGGGGCGUGCCUGAGGUAGUCAAGAUCACUCCAAAUCGUUUGCAAGCGUAAGCAAGCAGGAAAAUGUACGCUCGGGACUGUAAUUAAUUAAAGUUCUGGUGUUUAGCAAUGGAAAGCCCACAAACAAAUUACCCUCUAGGGCUCGUUUCAGACCAAAAGAGGAGUGGGAUGCAGGAGGAUGGGAGCCCCCCGCUGAAAAAACUAAUGACGGAAAUGCAUGUAAAUAGCCAAGUACGAGUUGUAAUAAAUAAACUGCCGACAAUAAAGAAGGAAAACUUGGACGAAUAUGACGAAACUUCUGUGGAGGCUGACGGGGAGAGUGCCAAGCCAAACAGUUCUUCAAUCUCGGAGCCUUUGAAUUUAAAUCCAGGUCUGAAACACACGUUGGCACAAUUCCACUUGAGCAGCCAGAGCUCGCUGGGUGGACCAGCAGCUUUCUCAGCUCGCUAUUCCCAGGAAAGCAUGUCACCCACCGUCUUCUUGCCUCUUCCAUCACCGCAAAUCCUGUCUGCUCCACUGCUCAUUCCUCCCGACAGCUCCACAGAACUCACGCAGACUGUACUGGAGGGGGAGUCCAUCUCCUGCUUUAAAGUUGGAGGAGAAAAAAGACUUUGCCUGCCUCAGGUGUUGAAUUCAGUUCUUCGAGACUUUUCUUUGCAACAGAUUAAUACAGUGUGUGAUGAACUGUACAUCUACUGCUCCAGGUGCACUUCUGACCAGCUUCAUAUUCUGAAGGUUUUGGGAAUUCUUCCAUUUAAUGCUCCGUCCUGCGGGCUAAUUACGCUGACCGAUGCUCAGAGACUAUGCAAUGCUUUACUACGUCCUCGCACUUUUCCUCAAAAUGGCAGCUUUCUCCCUGGUAAGAACACGUUGGCCCAACUGAAGGAGACUGGCAGUGCCUUUGAAGUAGAGCACGAAUGCCUGGGCAAGUGCCAGGGUUUGUUUGCACCUCAGUUCUACCUUGCGCCGGAUGACCCCUGUAUCCAGUGUCUGGAGUGCUACGGGAUGUUCUCACCCCAGACCUUCGUGAUGCAUUCACACAGAUCCCCCGACAAGAGGACCUGCCACUGGGGGUUUGAGUCGGCCAAGUGGCACUGCUACCUUCAUAUUAACCAAAAAUACCUGGGAACGUCAGAGGAGCGGGAGCUGAAGCAUCUCUUGGAGGAAAUGAAGGAGAAAUUUAGUGAGAAAAAUCAGAAGAGAACUCGAUCAAAAGUGGAUUCCCAGCAGAGCCUAGAAUUAUCGCAGUGGUAUCCUGUUAUAAAGCAGGAAGCAGAAGCUGAUCCUCAGCCACCCUCCUUCUUCCACCCCAGUUACUACCUUUAUAUGUGUGAUAAAGUGGUUGCCCCAAAUGUAUCUCUUGCAUCACAAUAUAAGGAUGUGACAAAAACAACAGUGAAAGCUUCUGAAGUAAUUAAAUCUUCAUCCGGACAGUCGGAGAAAAAGCUCAGUAGUGGAAAGCACAAAAAAACUGCCUCAUAUCCAGAGCUUUCUCUUGAAGAACAGGAGAAAAUGGACUUGAAAACUGGUCUGGAGCAGCAUAAGCGUUUAGACCCACACGUCUCAACUCACUCUGCAAGAGGUGGAAAAUCUGAACGUAUUUCUUCCAAAAGCAUUAGAGGCUCUAGAUGUGUUGAAGGAGGAAUUGAUGGGAGAACGCUGUCCCCCACUCUCAUGAAAGACAUUAGUUGUGAAGAUGACAAGGGAAGGAUCAUGGAAGAAGUAAUGAAAACCUACAUCAAACAGCAAGAAAAACUAAAUACUAUUUUGCGGAGGAAGCAGCAGCUUCAAAUGGAAGUGGAAAUGUUAAACAACUCUAAAGCUAUGAAGGAACUAAGUGAAGAGCAGCAGAAUUUACAAAAAGAACUUGAAUCUUUGCAAACCGAGCACGCUCAAAGAAUGGAAGAGUUUUAUUUUGAGCAGAGAGACUUGGAGAAGAAAUUGGACCAAAUGAUGAAGCAGAAGUGUACCUGUGACUCCAAUUCAGAGAAAGACAAGGAAGCAGAAUAUGCAGCACAGCUGGCAGAACUGAGACAGAGACUGGACCACGCAGAGGCAGAUAGGCAGGAGCUUCAAGAUGAACUGAGACAAGAACGAGAGGCGAGGGAAAAAUUAGAGAUGAUGAUAAAAGAAUUGAAGCUGCAGAUCUUGAAAUCUUCAAAAAACGGAAACGGAAAAUAGAAAUUGGAAAAGAAAGCAUGACUGUGUCCUUCAAACAGGGUGUUUCAUUUUGUAAUGAAUUGUAAGCAGUUUCUGUGCGAUAAGUAUUCUCUACAGAUUUCUAUUUGCCAUACAAGACCAGAUGAAGAAAUACAUAUAUAUAAAUAGAUAGGUAUGCAUUUUUAGAUUUUCCUAACCAAUGGAAAUCUGCAUUUAUUUGUACUGGUGUUUCUCAAACUAUGAAAAACAGGAAACUUCUGAUUUAGAGUGACCAGUUUCUGUUUAUUUCUAAGGCAGCCCUUGAGGACCCUAUACCUUUUAACAUUGUCUGUUAAAACAGAUUUGGUGAUCUUUAUUUUAUUAUCAACUUCAUAUCUGGUUAUACAACUACUUAAAAAAAAAAGUCUUAAUUUCUUCAAGGCCAAAAAUAGUUCCGUUUUCAGUGAGAAUUUUGCCUUCCUGAAUUGGGGAAGGUUUAAAGUCAGCUGUAAGGUAAUUCUCAGAAUCACCAUGACAAUAGAUGGAUGAUUAUCGGAAGUGAUUUACCAGCAUGAGUUUUCCCAUAAUUCUGUUACGUGAAGUCAAUCUGACCUUUUCAGUGUGUGCUACUUGACAGCUCAGUAAAGAAUUGUAGACCAGGUGUUUGGUCUCCAUACUGGAAGAACCAAACAUCAGGGUUUUUUGGUUUUUUUUUUGAUUGAUUCUUUUAAAUUAAGAAAAAAAUUGCAUUCAAAAAUGGAAUCUUCUAAAACUAAAAAUUCUCAGAUUCUAUUUUCUUCUGUAUAGCAGUUAAAGGAGACUGUUUACCAGGGCUUGUAGCUACAGGACAAGGGGCAAUGAUUUUAAGCUGAAAGAAAGUAGAAUUUAUUUAUUUUUUAAUUAAUCAUGAGGCCCUAGAACAGGUUGCCCAACGAAGCUGUGGGUACCUCAUCAUUGUAAGUUUUCAAAGGGAGGCUGGACAGUGCUUUGAGCAACCUGAUCUAGUGGGAGGUGUCCCUGCCCAUGGCACAGGGUUGCAACUAGAUGAUCUUUGACUGUCCCUUCCAGCACAAACUUCUAGGAUUCCAUGGCUUGCCUGGUUUUCAGGUACUAAUGCUUCCAAGAAAAGUAAUAUUUAUUAAAAAAGAAAAAAAAACGUACCGGUUUAUUUAGUAUCUGAAGCCUCCACGCUUUAAGCUUCCUGUUAACUUGUGAGUUUUUCUUUCUAUACAUAGAACAGGCCUUAACUGACGUUGUGAUAAUUGCUUAGAAGAAUAAAAUUCUAAGAUACGGCACUUUGAAAAUCAUUUUGAUCGUUUCUACGUUUGAAUGGCAUGGUAACGUUACCAUGAAUUAAGAAAUACAGCAUGUUUGUUGAGCUCUGACAUUUAGAAAUGUGUCAUUGUACAGAAUUUCUGCUUUAUGUACAUAUUACAUAGUACUUCAGAAGUCUGAUUCCUGGUAGAUUCAGCGCAUGGCUACAGAUUUGGAUGGAGAAGUACUCCUUUGCACUUCUUUCCAAAAAGUUUGACAUAGCUGACAGGUGUUGGCUGAUUGUGACUAGAAAUAUCUUAGCAGUUCUGUUAAUCCACUACAUUAUUUUAACCUGUGCUCUAGCUUUUGUGUUUUUUGUUGUUUUUUUUUUAAGGUGCUUAGGUUUAUUACUCUCUUAAAAAAGUUGAUUAAUUCCGGAUAAAACCACUAGUAAAAUCCACUGGCAUCCAUUCUUAUUCUGAACUAGUGAAAAUGAAAACUGAGUUCUUUCUUGUCUCUCUUUUACAGGAUUAAAUUUCAGAGACAGAAGGUGGCACAAAUCUUUAAGCUGAGUGAGGAAUGAGGUGAUACAUUACAGAGUCAUAGAAGGAUUCUUUCAUAGCAGUGCAUAAUUUUCUUUACGGACCCUGUGUCAUGUUUACACUGAUUGUUAGGGCAGAAUAGGUGAAAAAAAUGAAACUUACUUGGCAAUGUUGAUCAGAAAAGAGGAUCCAGAUUACGUUUUUCACUUCUUCUUCAACUCCACCUCGAAAUUAUUGGUUAAAAAAAGAAAAAAAAAAAAACCAGCAAAAAAAAAAAAAGCCUGCCUUUACAGCAUAGCAGUGGUUUGGGAGGAAGUGAAUGUGCUGAGUAUAAAUUAUUCUCCUUGUGUACGUACCACUUGCUUUAAACACGGUUGAAUGUUUUACUGUAAUGACCAGCAGUAACGUGGCCAUGGGGAGAGCAGGCAGGAGUGCUGGUAGAAGUGUGAUGUGAGGCACUGGAGCUCGAGGCUGGGUUAGCUGGGUGGACAAGGAGGGAAACGCCGUCCUGGGAAACCAGAAAGUUUCCUCGGGGUGUUAUCUAAGAUCAUUUCAAGCUGCUUUUCAGUAUCAGUGCUGUGAACCAAACUCGUUCAGUUGUCGGCGUAGAUAAGGCCCUCUGGGCUCAUUUAAUGUGGCUGAAGGAAUGGAUUCACUGCAGUAUUUGUAGCUUGGCUGUCGAACGAAUGGAAUCCUCAUGGGAUUAUUAUCUGAAAGCACCGUAUAUUCGGUUUUCAUUCAGGUCCUGUCUAUAUCAUGUUCCUUGCACUAAGAUUUCCCACUUUGCCUCUGGUUGAGUUCUACCUGUGGCAGCUGCAGUGCAGAACUGGUAUUGCUGGGCUUCCCCUGCCCCAGCCUGCACUUCCACCGUGCCAACCAGUUUCUGCUGUAGGCUAAUGAAACCCUGGCAGCCAUAGUUUGUACUCCUGUUUUCACUUCUGCAAGAACUCCAGCAGCUGGCAUAGAGUUUUAGCAAUUCCAGCUGCGGGUAAGGCUUCCUAAUACUUGUGAGACAUCUGGCUGAAAAAGUGAACUGAACAUCUGUUAAAACGACUCUUAAAAUAGCUUUGUAAAUACUCCAUUUAGUUCGUCUAAAGUUAGAAUGCAUUUUAAAUUAUUGUAAUCCUCUUACAAUUCUUAAAUAUUACUUUCAGGUUACUUACAUAACAAAUAAUUUUCAUAUGCGUAGACUUAAUUUUAUACUGAUUUUAAGUAAUAAUGUAAACAUAACCGUGCCAUAGCUUUUGUGUGUUCAGUCUUGGAAAGAUAGUUUUUUAGUAAGUUGUAAAUAACACGCUGGUAGCUCUAGAACAAAUCGACACUGACUUUUUUUCACUACCUUAUGCUUGGUCACAUGGAGUGGUUUGUUUUACAGCCUAACAUAGGAACUUGGAAGGAACACUUAAGGGCCCUCGCUUAAGUGUGCACUUAAUGGUGGAAACCAGCUCUGUCAUGAGGUUCUUUCUUUGAGCCAUGGCAUGCUCGUUUUAUGCAUUACUCUUUGUUUUGCCUUCAGCUUUCAUUUGCUGAACUUUUAGGCAAAAAGUUGCUUUCUCAGAUAGUUGUGGCAUUAAGUCCUUAGAGGAGAAAAAAAAAAGCCUAGGAUCGUUCAUAGUUUUAAUAGCUUCCUGGUUGAACACCUGGACUGAAAACGAAGUUGCCUGUGUGUGCACCUUUUGGAGCUAGGAUUCAGGGUGAAUGUCUGGUUUGCUCCUAUAUGUUGGAAAAGCAAAAAAGAACUUCCACGUGCUUUGUGUACUCUAAUGAGCAAGAAAAUGGAAGAACUCAGAGAGCAGAACUUGUGAAUUUGGCUGUACCCUCGCUCACAGUACCCUGGACGAAAGAGAUGUUCUCUCAGAUCUCCAAAGCUGUCUUUUAGUUUCUGUAAAGCACAUCGUUCAGCUUGGGAAUUUAGAUAAAUGUGGUUCUGUUUCACAUUCUUCCACUAAUUUUAUUCUAUAUUUAAUAUAUUAAUAGCUUAGGUGUAAAAUCAUUUGUAUAUAGUGAAGGCACAAUGCCAUUAGUGAAGUAGGAAAAGUUGAGUGGGAGCGUGAAGCUACUGGUGGCCUGAAGAAAUGUGGCUCGGUCCAUGUUUUAGAAGUCACGACUGUUCUUUCAUACGUUCUUGAUUCAUCCUGGGGGGUUGGAUAGCUGUAACGUGUUAUGAACUAUUCACAAGACUUUCCUAGCAUUAGCUGUGGAGCUGGCCUUGAAGUGCUGUCCCGGUCAGCUUCCUAGCAUUCACUUGUUUGUAGAGCAUCUAUUUUGACUGUCAGCAAAGAGAACGCCUUUGUAUUUUUUUCCUGCACUUAAUUCAUGUAAUUAAUCCACACAACAGUUUUCUACAGCACGGUGAAGCUGACAAAAGAGAUGAUUACACCCACCUGUUAAUCUGUGCUUGAAAUCUUUCUCUAGUCUUCUUUCAGCUGUCAACAGCGAGCCGCAAUAAGCUGCAAGGUUUGAUUUUUGUUCAUCAGUGUUUUCAUGAUAGAAAGCUUGUAGAAUGUUCCAUUUGUUGCGUAUCUAUUUGGAAAAGAGAGCCAUUUUUUUUUAGCUUUUGUGAACGUCGGUGGCUCCGGCUUACAAAUUGCAUGAGGGUUCACGGUGUGUCUCCAUUACUUGGAAAACUAAUUCUGUUCAGCAUUGGUGGUUCCGUUGGGAAAUGCUUGAAAAAUGAGUUAAGCACUUCGUCAAGCACAGCAAACAAACGGUAUACAAUUUUGUUAGUGGGAAAUUGCCUGUGUGACAAUGUAAAUUGACUUUUUGGUUUUCUCCAAAUACAGAUACCUCACCUAAAGGAAAGCACAGUUACACGGUAUUAGGACGUACCACGUUGGUCUGAAGCAUUUUGUUGCAGUUAGGUUGCUUCCUGGGAUCGAUGAAAUCUGUUUUUGUUUUCGUGCCCGCUCUCUAAGGUAUUUAUUGGUGUUGACCUGCCAGUAUGAUUGUCUUGAAUUACAGAAGGUGGCUGCAAAGCAGAGCAGUGCUCUGCUGGGCUGAAGGCAGCAGCUGGGUGACUGUCCCGAACCACAGUAAGCCUGGGAAAACCAUCACUGCGUUCACCACUUUGUAACACUUUGCCAAUGAUGUACAGUCUUAUUGUUAGCGUUGCUGUGGUCGCAUUACAUGACACACAAAACUGUCCUCUACCUCACGUGAGAUUAACAGAUAUUUUAUAUGGUUUUAGUAAACGAGAUGCAUCUAUCUGGUCACUUAGUUUACAAAUUUUGAAUUCUAUUUAUUGAAACAUGACAUACUGUGCUCUUAGCUUAUACCUCAAUUGUAUUUUGUGCUGUUAUCCAUUUUCAUGCCUUGUAAAUACAUGUACAGAUUGUGGAUUCAAAAACAAAUAAAACCUGUACUGUCAGAA